AGACCUAAAAAAUUUAAAUACGAUCACAAAGUCAACUAACUGUUGACACGAGAUAAUAUGGACUCUUAGAUGAUAUGCCUACAAAUACUGUAUAAAGUGUAUACCCUAUAAUGCAUAGAUAGGACUUUGAAGUCAUAGCCGCUACUGUUUUUUUGUUGAAUAGAUCUAGUUAUUUGAUCAAAUAAUUGUGAUAUUGUUCUUUGAAGUUCUGACACUUUGUGCAAGAAUUACAAGAUGUCCCCAAUAAGAGCAAUAUUUAUUGCCAGUAAAGUGAGGCAAGCUAAGCAUGUAUUUGCUAAAAUUUCAGUAUUAACCAAAGAACAUCCCAGAUUUUCACUGAGUCGAAGUUUUAGCUCAACUGCUUCACUAAAGACAUUGGAUAUAUCUGGAAUAUUUCCACCUAUACCUACUCCAUUCAACAAAGAUGAAUCAAUAGCUUUUGACAAAUUAGAAUUAAAUAUGGAAAAAUGGAACAACAUUCCGUUUAAAGGUUAUGUUGUUCAAGGUUCCACUGGAGAAUGCUGCUUCUUAACUUGGGAGGAGAGAAUACAGAUGGUGAAAGAAACUAGCAAACUUGCAGGAGAUAAUAAAAUCAUUAUUGCUGGAUCAGGCUGUGAAUCAACAAGGGACACAAUUCUUUUAUCUCAGAAAAUGGCAGAUGCUGGAGCAGAUGCUGUCUUAGUUGUCAACCCAUUCUACUACAAAGCCAGCAUGAAUGCUACAGCUUUAAUAUCCCAUUUUACUAAAGUUGCUGAUGAAGCUCCCAUUCCAGUUAUUUUGUACAAUGUGCCAAGCAACACAGGUAUGGACAUACCCCCUGAUGUCAUCGUUCAGUUAGCCCAACAUCCAAACAUCAUUGGCAUGAAAGAUAGCGGGGGAGAUAUAACACGUAUAGCAUCCUUAGUGUAUCAAACAGCAUCAUACAGAUUUCAAAUACUUGCUGGAUCAGCAGGAUUUUUACUGUCUGCCUAUCAUGUUGGGUGUGUUGGUGGUAUAUGUGGGGCAGCAAAUGUCCUUGGAAGUUAUGUUUGUGAACUUGCAGACUUAGCACAGUCAGAUAACCUCAAGGCAGCGACAGAUUUACAGCUCAGAUUGGUUGGACCAAAUAGCUGUGUAACACGAAGAUUUGGAGUGCCAGGUGUAAAAACAGCCAUGGAAUGGUUUGGUUAUUAUGGAGGACCCACUCGCUUACCGCUAGUGCCUUUGAACCCUAAUGAAGUAGCUGCUAUGAAGAAAAUAUUUCAAGCUUCUAUGUUUAUUUAGUAAAAAUAUUACAUUCCCAAAAAAAUGUACAAGAUAGAACUAAACCUUGGCUGUAGUUUCAUUUCUACUGAAAUAAAUCUUAAGGUUUAAUUACAUCUCCAUUCAUGUGUGUUGCAGAUUUAAUAGUGGAUUGUCAGAUAAACAUAUGUCUUGUAACAAAAACUGAAACAUCAAAAAAAAUUUUUUUAAAAUAAAAAUAAUGUUAAAUUGA